UACAUCGAUCUACUUACAAAAUAUAUUAUAAGUUUUUCGACUAAAUCAUGUUUUUAAUUUCAUGGAUUUUAUCUGCAUUUUGCAUUGCAAUAGUAUUCAGUGCGCAUAUUAAUGAAAACGACCCGAAUAACUCGUCUAAAAAUAUAUGGGCUGUUCUCGUUGCUGGCUCUCACAGGUGGAUGCGGUAUCGACAUCAGUCCAACGUAUGUCAUGCUUACAAAAUACUAAGAGCAAAUGGCAUUCCAAAGCACCGUAUUAUUACAUUUAUGUACGAUGAUAUUGCAUACAAUUCAGAAAAUCCCGAACCCGGUGUGAUUAGAAACGAACCAAAUGGUACAAAUGUUUAUGAAGGUGUACCAAUUGAUUACACUGGUGAAAUAAGUACAGAUGUUAGAAAAGAUGUAUUCUUAGAUGUAAUUCAAGGACACGCGGAUAAUGUAAAAUACAUUGGAAGUAAACGAGUGGUAUUGAGUACGAAUAAAGACAAUAUUUUCAUUUUCCAUACUGGUCUUGGUGGCCAUGAUGGAUAUGUUGAAUUCCCGGAUUCUGGCGAAGACACCGAUUUACACGCACAAGAACUUGUAUCAACUUUUAAAAAAUUACACAACCGUAAUAAAUAUAAAAAUAUAUUGAUGUACUUAGAAUCGAGUCAUUCUGCUGCUAUGUUUGAUAACCAUACACUUCCUCAUAAUAUAAACGUUUUGGCGAUUAGCGCUGGUGGACCAGACGAAGAUACAUGGGGCACAUGGUGCGAAACAAACAUAAAACCAUGUCUCGCCGGUUUGUUCUCAUAUGCUUGGAUGAAUUAUGCCGAAAACAAUCCUGAUGGAUUAAGGAAAAGUCAAAGCGUGUUCGAUCAUUUCGACAAUGUCCGAGAUAUUGUAGCACACACGGGUAAAGAACACCCUCAACUCUACGGUGAUUGGAAUAUCGGAAAGUUACCGAUUAGUCAAUUCAUCGGUUACAAGAAUCGCAAUUCGUCGAGUUCAGAAACGGAAAUAAAACCCAUCAGUGGCGUUUCCAAGCACUAUACGUUCGACAAAGAUAUGAUAAUUAAAGGCGAUGCGACUGUGGCAGAUGAACAUGUCCCUAUUGAGCAAAAGAAAAAUAUCAUGCAAGCAAUAUUAAAUAAUAUUGUCGAGUUAGUCAUUCCAAACGAACAUAUUAGGAACACGAUUUUGAAACGAGAGCCAAUUGACAUGCACCAAAAUCAAUGUUUCGAUGACUUGUUAUCAUUGUUUGAUGCCAAAUGUACUGAUUCGCAGAAGGAUGUAAGUAUAGACAAUGUGAAAAAUCGUCAAGAGAAAUUUAACAUGUUAGCAAAGUUAUGUGAUGUCGAUGUUAUGAGUAUUCAACAGAUGACGGCUGCCGAAGCCAUAGAAAAAAUAUGCACUUGAUUAGGUUUUAUUAUUUCUCAUAAUAAUAAACAUUAUUUCACUUAAUUUGAUUAUUACAAAUGUUUACUUUAGUAGUGACGCAAUAAGGUUAAAUUUUAAAGCGGUAAAUUGACGGCCAUCAUAUUGUUUUAAAUGCAUCAAUGAUAAAACGUGCGAAUAGUAGCUUUUUAUAUUAUUCGAUGUAAUUUACUGUGCUCAUCGUUCUAAUAGUUUCAACUAAAAUUAUUGUUAUUAUGUUUCACCUUUUAUUAUUGCGUUUCUGUGUAUUAAAAAUAAAAUUAUAUACUUUAUUAUAUUAAUGAAAAUGUGUUUAUCGUUGUUAUUGAGCGAUGCAGUUAUAUUAUUUAGCUAAAAUGGAUACUUCAAACGUGUAGCUACUAGCUAUUAUUAUUAUUAUAAUUAUUAUACAGAAAGAAUAAUUGUUG